AAGGUUUAUAUACGGCGGCGCAGCUCCAUGCGUUUCACUUCACACAGAGAAUAUUCGAGAAACAUUGUGAGACAGACGAAACAGACAUUUGGCCUACGCCCUUCACUUCGUUUACUUAUUACUUCAAGUUUUAGAAAUCACACAAGGUUUGACAGAUCAACACAUCAAAAUGCGAUUGCUUUGCGUGUUUCUGCUGGUGGCCGGCAGCGUGUUUGCUGAAGAGGAAGACAAGAAAGAAAGUGUUGGGACAGUGGUCGGAAUAGACCUUGGGACCACCUACUCGUGUGUGGGUGUCUUUAAGAAUGGCCGUGUUGAGAUCAUCGCCAAUGACCAAGGAAACCGCAUCACUCCGUCCUAUGUGGCUUUCACCACUGAAGGUGAGCGUCUCAUUGGCGAUGCUGCCAAGAACCAGCUGACAUCCAACCCAGAGAACACUGUUUUCGAUGCCAAGCGCUUGAUCGGCCGUACUUGGGGCGACUCUGCUGUGCAGCAGGAUAUUAAAUACUUUCCCUUUAAGGUCAUUGAGAAGAAAAACAAACCUCACAUCCAGUUAGAUAUUGGAUCUGGCCAAAUGAAGACGUUCGCACCAGAGGAGAUCUCUGCUAUGGUUCUGACUAAGAUGAAGGAAACCGCAGAGGCUUAUCUGGGGAAGAAGGUCACACAUGCUGUGGUCACUGUGCCUGCUUACUUCAAUGAUGCCCAGCGUCAGGCCACCAAAGAUGCUGGUACCAUCGCUGGUCUGAACGUCAUGAGAAUCAUCAAUGAGCCAACCGCUGCUGCUAUUGCCUACGGUCUGGACAAAAAGGACGGCGAGAAGAACAUCCUGGUGUUUGAUCUCGGCGGCGGCACCUUUGACGUGUCCCUCCUGACCAUCGACAACGGCGUGUUCGAGGUGGUGGCCACCAACGGAGACACUCACCUCGGUGGAGAAGACUUCGAUCAGCGUGUCAUGGAGCACUUCAUCAAACUGUACAAGAAGAAAACCGGAAAAGAUGUGCGCAAGGACAACCGCGCUGUGCAGAAACUGCGCCGUGAGGUGGAGAAAGCCAAGAGAGCACUGUCCGCCCAGCACCAGGCCCGCAUCGAGAUCGAGUCCUUCUUCGAGGGCGAAGACUUCUCGGAGACCCUGACCCGUGCCAAGUUCGAGGAGCUCAACAUGGAUUUGUUCCGCUCCACCAUGAAACCAGUUCAGAAAGUUCUGGAAGAUUCUGACCUGAAGAAGUCUGAAAUUGAUGAGAUCGUGUUGGUCGGUGGAUCCACUCGUAUCCCAAAGAUCCAGCAGUUGGUGAAGGAGUUGUUCAAUGGCAAGGAGCCGUCCAGAGGAAUCAACCCUGAUGAGGCUGUGGCUUACGGAGCUGCCGUGCAGGCUGGAGUGCUGUCAGGAGAAGAGGACACAGGUGAUCUUGUGCUUCUGGAUGUGUGCCCUCUGACCCUGGGUAUCGAGACUGUCGGAGGAGUGAUGACCAAACUCAUCCCGAGGAACACUGUUGUGCCAACCAAGAAGUCCCAGAUCUUCUCCACUGCUUCUGACAACCAGCCGACUGUGACCAUCAAAGUUUACGAGGGUGAGCGUCCCCUGACAAAGGACAACCAUCUUCUGGGUACCUUUGACCUGACUGGUAUCCCCCCGGCCCCUCGAGGCGUUCCUCAGAUCGAGGUCACCUUCGAGAUCGACGUGAACGGCAUCCUUCGAGUCACUGCCGAGGACAAAGGCACCGGCAACAAAAACAAGAUCACCAUCACCAACGACCAGAACCGCCUGACGCCGGAAGACAUCGAGCGCAUGGUGAACGAAGCCGAGCGCUUCGCCGAUGAGGACAAGAAGCUGAAGGAGCGCAUCGACACCCGCAACGAACUGGAGAGUUACGCCUACUCUCUGAAGAACCAGAUCGGUGACAAAGAAAAGCUGGGCGGCAAGCUGUCGUCUGAGGAUAAGGAGGCCAUCGAGAAGGCGGUGGAGGAGAAGAUCGAGUGGCUGGAGUCCCACCAGGAUGCCGACAUUGAAGAAUUCCAGUCCAAGAAGAAAGAACUCGAGGAGGUCGUGCAGCCCAUCGUGAGCAAGCUGUACGGCAGCGCGGGCGGUCCUCCGCCAGAAGAGGGCGACGAUCAGGGUGAUAAAGAUGAGUUGUAGAUUGAUUCCAUCUUGACUCUUUAAGUUCUCUUGAUGCCCUCACCCGCCUCAGAUGUGGCACUUGUGUACAUACUGGACUUCAUGAACAUUUUUGUAAGAAAAUGUAGAAUGUGGGAGAGACAUUAAAGCCACGUAUCUCUUCUGGAAAGACUUGUGGAGCGUUGGAGAGUUGUUGUUUUUUUUUUCUUCACUCAGGUGGAGAUUUAGUCAGCCUGGUUUGAGGCUCGAUGCUGCUAUUCUCAGGCAGUUCAACGGGGGGUGGGUUCUGUGAGGGGCAGUUUGAGGAGGGAGGGGUAGAUGGGGUUUGGGCCCUGGGUAAUUGUCAUGUAACAUAUGAAUGUUAUUUAUUUAAAAUCUGGCAACUGUAGAAGACAUUUCUACUAAAAAUACAAAAUAAAUGUUUCAUACAAAAUGA